GGCAAUGGUUGGUGAGAGGUCUCCUUGUUCAUAGUUAGAAUAAAAAUAAAUAUUCUUUGAGUUUAAAAUGGUGAUAGUUCUAAUUACUUCGAAUGAAUGACCCUUUUUUAUUAUAACUUUUCCUAAUGAAGACUUUUUAAUGGCACUACUUUUUCCGAUGCUGUGGGAGAUAUCAUAUAGAUUCUAAAAGUAUAUUUAUUAUUUUUACUAAUCAUGAGAGGUUGAUUAAAUAUAAAUACAAAACAUUGUUUUUUAUUAUGAGCUUCGCAAAUUUUAUGGGAAAAAGCAUCGGAUUCGCUGGAUAUGUAUUACAAUACGCAUGUGUGACUCACUGUGCAUUCGAAUAUAUCGGGGAUUUUGUAAUGUGUUCCGGUCCCUCCAUGGAACCCACAUUACAGACAAACAAUAUAUUAUUUACAGAACACAUUACUCCUAGACUGCAGAGGUUGCAAAGAGGGGACAUAAUUAUUGCAAAGUGCCCAUCAAAUCCAAACCAAAAUAUAUGUAAAAGGAUAACAGGCCUCCCUGGAGAUAAAAUGAGAGGACAAUUGCUACGAAGUCAAAUUGUUCCAAGAGGUCAUGUUUGGCUGGAAGGUGACAACUCAAGUAAUUCUUCAGAUUCUCGGGUGUAUGGCCCAGUUCCACAAGGAUUGAUUCGUAGUAGGGUUGUUUGUAGAGUGUGGCCAUUAGACAAAUUGAGUUCUCUUAGUAAAUAUUAAUUUGCUACCUCAUCAUGUGCUAAAUUAUUGAUGUAAAUAUAGUGUGAGGUAAUUCGUUAAGAAAAACUAAAUAUAUAUUAGAAAAUGUUUAUUUAAUAAAUAGUUAUUUGUUUUUAUUACAUUACACUUAGUUGGGAUUAA